AUGUGCUGCUGCAUUUUCAACUGCUUCAAAAGGCGGUCCAGCGGCAAGCCACCGAGAGCCAAGCCGGCCCUCCCCUGGCUGCCGCCCACGGCAAUCCACGACGCGGACUCAUGGAGGCCUGUCCAACAACUGAGUGGCUUCUUCGGCCUGCCGUAUGAGAUCCGCUACGAGAUCCUGCGUUUGGCCUUUGGCGAUUGCGUCGUUCACAUCGACAUGCGCCCCGGGCCCGCCUGGCCAGUCAUCCGAUCAGAUGGUUCAGUUGCCGAGCCCGGGUAUCGCGCGCGCCGCAGAGUCAUAUGGAGAUGGACCAACGGCUUCUGCCACCGUGAUGCGAAAUACGAGGACACGCACGACGCCUCGGAAAAAACCUGGCGAGCAUGCCUCGACGGCCAGGCCAACUGCUCCGGGCGCGAAUACGGGUCGAACAACGGCAAAUUCCAGGGCGCCAUGAGCUUCCUGCUCUCCAGCAAGCAAAGCCACGACGAGCUGCUGGGGAUCCUCUACGGCACAAACGCCAUCCUGCUGGAGAGCAUGCCCUUGAUCGAGUCGCUGUGCGCUCCGACGCCCGCCCGCGCGCGGCUCCUCGGACCGGGCAUCGAGCUCGUCACUUCGCUCCGCAUCACCCUCGAGCUGGCCCUGUUCGACAAGACGUGCUUUUCGCCCGCCGCGUACCACCGCAGGAGGUUCGUCAACAUCCUCGACGGUCUGGGCCCCCGGUUCCCCCGCCUCAAGCGGCUCGCCGUCUUCUUCGACAACCGGGCCAGCCUCACAAAGUUUGAUCCCUUCAGGGAGAUGGACAAGCUGGACCUCCACCUCUUUCGUCCGCUGCUGGCCAUGAGCGCGCGGCUGGCCAAGGUCGACGUGACCGUGUGGGUCACCGCGCCGAUGUAUCAGCUUGCCCUGACGGGGUUCUCGAGGCAGCGUGGCGAGGCGAGGCCGGGGCUGGUUGAGUAUCUGAUACGUGCUGAUCAGAUGUGGUAUCCGUUCUUCAACAAUUGGGACGACGGCCAGCGAGCGGGGGAAGGGUAUUGGAUCAGGAAGUGGAAUGACAAGCCGUGGAAGAUCUGCCCGAAGACGGGACGGCGUGGUUAG